AAAAAUAAAGAGGAGAAAGAAAAACCCUAACCCUAGGCAAGCGCCUCCAACGCCUCGCCGUCUCGUCUCGGCAUAAACCCCAGCCGUCUCCUUCCCUUCUACUCGACGCCGAGGUAAGCAUCGCCGCGAGCGAGCUCCGAUGGCCGGCAAGAAGAGACCCCCUGUACCCGAGGCCGAGGCCGCAGCCACGAUGGCUGCACCGGAGGCGCCGGCGAAGGUGAAGAAGCUGGCCAUGGAGCGGAAGAAGCAGCGGAAAGAGCUCGAUAAGGAGCGCCAUCGCGAGUCCGCCGAAACCGACGCCGCCGCCGCCAAGCCACAGCCACCGGCCGCGGAACCCGUGGCUGCGGCGCCAGUGAAUCCCCCGAGCGCUCCGGCGGCGACGGCAGGGCCGGGGCUGCACAUGAACGUGUUCAGGGACCUGGGGUCCCCGGAGGCGUCGGUGAGGGAGGCCGCGGCGGUGGCGCUGGUGGCGGAGCUCAAGGAUGUGCAGAGGGCGUACGAGAAGGGUGCUAGGAAGGGGGAGAGGGUAGUGGGCGAUGGGGAGGGGCCCUCGCAAAUGGAGGCUGAGAAGGAUGAUGGCCUGGAGAACUGCGCGCCGUCGGUCCGGUAUGCCAUCAGGCGGCUCAUUCGCGGUAUCUCUUCUUCUAGAGAGUUUGCAAGGCAAGGAUUUGCACUAGGUCUUGCGAUUGUGCUCGAAUCAAUUCGAGCAAUCAGCGUUGAAGCAGUUAUGAAGUUGAUCCCUAAUCUAUUAGAAUAUUCAUCUUCGAUGAAGGGACCGGAAGCUAAGGACAAUAUUUUGGGGCGCCUGUUUGGAUUUGGAGCACUUGCUAGGUCUGGACGGGUUUCACGACAGUGGACACGUGACAAAAGCUCUUCCAUUGUCAAGGAUUUUGUGAGUGAGGUUGUAAAUCUUGGUAGGAAGAAACGAUAUUUAGCUGAGCCUGCUGUUGCAGUGAUUCUGGAUUUAGUCAGGAAGCUCCCUGAUGAAGCUAUAUUAUCCGAGGUUCUUGAAGCUCCUGAUGUACAAGAUUGGUUCAACAGAGCUGCUGAUGUUGGGGAUCCAGAUGCCCUCUUUCUGGCUUUGAAGUUACAAGAAAGAAUUAAUGUCCAGAAGGAGAUAUUUGGAAGGCUUCUGACAUAUCCAUUCAGCCCAAACAAUUUUUUUGCGGACGAGCACCUUCUAUCCAUUGCUGCUUGUUUCAAGGAGUCUGCAUUUUGUCUUCCUCGUAUUCAUAGUCUAUGGCUUGUGAUCACGGAGAUGCUCAUUCAAGAGAAAGCAUCUCAGAAUGAUAUUAGCACCACUUCUGGCAAGAAGCACAAAAAGAAUAAGAAAGGCAGCUCCUCCGAGGAUUUGAAAAAGAAUCUACGUAGUUUCUGUGAGGUUAUAAUUGAAGGAUCUUUGCUGCUCUCAUCUCAUGACAGGAAGCAUUUGGCAUUUAAUAUACUACUUAACCUCCUCCCCAAAUUGUCUCCUUCAGCCAUUCAAGUAGUUCUGUCCAGCAAAGUUGUUCAUGGUUUGAUGGAUAUUUUAUCAAAUCAAUCGUCAUGGUUGUAUAAUGCCGGCAAACAUUUUCUGAAAGAGUUAGUAAGUGUAGUAAGUCAUGACAACGAUCGAUGUGUUGCUGUCAUUAUUAACUUGCAGAAGUAUAGUAGUGGAAGAUUUGAUUGCAUGACAAAAACAAAAACUGUUAAAGAAUUGGUUGCCAAGUUCCAAAGUGGCGAAGAUUGUCUGUGUCUUGUACAAAAUUUGAUGGCGCUCUUUGUGGAUGAGGAGUCUGUUACGGAUGAACCAUCUGAUCAAAGUCAGACAACUGAUGAGAAUUCAGACGUUGGCCCAACUGAAGACAAGGAGCUUUUGCACCAAGAGAAUGUUGACCUUCUGAAGAGUUGGGUGGUGAAUACAAUUCCAUCCGUUCUAAAAAAUUUAGAGCUUACAUCUAAAGGAAAUUCAUUGACAGAUUCUGAAAUGGCCAAGUGUAUUGAAGAAAAGUUUCAAGUACAGACUGAGAUAUUGAAAUUCCUUGCAGUCCAAGGUCUGUUCUCAGCAUCUUUAGGAACUGAGGUGACGUCAUUUGAGUUGCAAGAGAAGUUCAAAUGGCCAAAGACACCUAUAUCGACGUCGCUACGUAAUGAAUGCAUUGAACAGCUUCAAUUCUUACUAGAAGAUGCACAAAAGGAUGAAGCUUUACAUGUUGUUAGUGAGGUCAAGUCCAAUGACUUAGACUUCUACUUCAUGCAUUUCAUUAACACUGUAUGCAACAUCCCCUCAGUUUCCCUCUUCAGGACCUUGAGUUGCAAUGAUGAUAAUGCAUUCAAGAAAUCACUGGCUAUAGAAUCAAUGCUUUUCCACGAGGAAAGAAAAGCUGGCUCUGGAUUGGAUUCUACUAAGAUGCAUGUGAUGCGUUAUCUCCUUAUUCAGUUGCUGCUACAAGUUCUUCUCCAUCCAGAUGAGUAUUGGGAAGCUGCGAUUGAUGUGACUAUAUGUUGCAAGAAAUCCUUUCCUGCCAUUGCUCAGGGUGACCACUCCAGCGGACAGGAAACUGAUCAACGUUGUUCACAGGACUCUGAUGAGGAUGGGUCAGAGGAGUCCAACGAGAAUGUGUCGCUAGAGUUUAUGGAUGUACUUGUGCAGACUUUUCUCUCUAUCUUGCCUCAUGUGCCUGGACCUGUGUGCUUUACGGUUGAACAGGUUUUUCGUGUGUUCUGUGAUGACAUCACAGAAACUGGGCUCCUUGAUAUGUUGAGAGUUGUGAAGAUAGAUUUGAAAGGUUCUCGUCGUCAAACAGAUAGUGAUGACGACGAAGAUGACGGUCGUGUUGAUAUUGAAGACGAUGAUGAAAAUGCAAUGGAAGAUGCAGAGGUAGGGGACAAUGAUGAUGUUGCAGAUGAUUUGGAUGAGAAAAUGGAAGAUGAUUCAGCUGAUGAAGUUGAUGAGGAUCAAGAUGAUUUAAAAGAAACAGUUGCCGAUGAGGCAAAAGAUGGAGAUGACGAGGAAGCUACUAAAGGCGGGGAUGAUUCAGAUGAUUCGGAUGGCAUGGAUGAUGAUGCUAUGUUCCGUAUUGAUCCUUACAUUGCAAUGAUUUUCAAGGAGCGCAACCUUCCCGGUAGUGAAACUAAGCAAUCUCAACUGAUGCGAUUCAAGUUUCGUGUGCUUACAUUACUCGAGAUAUAUCUUCAGAGGAACCCAGGGGAAAGUCUGGUGCUGGAGGUGUAUUCUUUCUUAAUGCAAGCUUUUGUCAAAUCACAUGGUGCUGAUGGCAGUGAGCAAUUCAAGCAACGAAUAGUCGGUAUAUUGCAGAAAAGGAUAUUCAAAGGAAAGGAGUAUCCAAAAGACAAUGACGUUGAACUUAGUAGACUUGAAAGUUUGUUGGAGAAAGCUUUGAAACUUGCAUCACGCUCACGAUUCAACACAAUUGCUUCUGUGGCCCAGAACGCUACAUUCUGGAUUCUGAAGAUCAUCAAUUCAAAGAACUGUUCCAGAGAGCAACUUGCUAGUGUGGUUGAUAAAUUCCAUAAUAUCUUGAUUGACUACUUCAACAAGAAGAAAUCACGGCUGAAGCUUGGUUUCGUGAAGGAGGUUGUCCGGAGGAAUACUUGGAUAGGACAGGGCCUUUUUGGUUUUGUUCUACAGGAGAUUGGGAGCACGACGGCUGAAUAUCGUAGAAUUCAAACAUUGGAGCUGGUGGACUGCAUAUUAAAAUCAUGGGUUGGUGAUGUUCGAAAUGCAUCAGAGGUGUUGAUGGAGCAUUUGGCUCAGUUGUGCGACUUGAUACAAGAAAUUCUUUCAAAGAUUCCUGAAAAUAAGUUGCGGCGCAAGGAAGUCCGGAGAUUUUGCACUCAAAUCCUGCAAACAGUGGCGAAGCUUAAUCUCAAAGAAAAAUUUCAGAGCACAUUGAAGCCUGAAACAUAUUCUCUUUGUCAGGCACAACUAGGAGCUGCAUUUGCCCCCUUCCAAAAUGAUUUCUGUGGAACGAGUAAAUCCAUUUCUCGACGGGCCAAGAUGCACUAGAAGUUUUGAGCUAAAUUAAUUUUGCUUGUAAUUUUUUAGCUCCAUUGUAGUAGAUUUAAUUGAAUUAAUAUGUAUUUUUUUUUGGUAAAACAUCAGAAGCAAGAAAGUCAUAGUUAGCAACAUUUACCAGUCUGUAUCGGCAUGCACAAAUGUGAAUGUAUGCUUUAUGUUUCAAAGCAACAUGAGCAAACACGCAUUUCGGUUUUCAGUGUUGUCACCCUUUUGGUAAUCCUGACUAGUCUAUGCUAUCACAAUACACUUUACGAUUCUUGUACCAAUGAUAUGGUUAUGGUUUGUGUUUAAAGACUCCCAUGUAUGUUA